GCUCGCAUACCUGCUCGUCAUAUUUCAACCGAGAUUUUCCAAAAUCGAAGACCUAACAGGGUCAUUAUAUUUCACGCCUUCACUCACUGGUUUCCCACGCAGUGAGCAACCAUUGUAAAUCUCCAAGAAAUCCGAUCAUCUUCCUUCCCAAAACUGAAACCCAAAAUCAGUGAGAGCAGCCGCUGUAAAUCUCCCUCAAAAUCGAUCAUCUUCCUUUCCGAAAGGUGAAACCCGAACUCAGAGUAAAGCCUUUCCGCCUUCACUCCCUGUUUCCCAAGAAGUGAGAGUACCGCUGUAAAUCUCCCUCAAAAUCGAUCAUCUUCCUUUCCAAAAGGUGAAACCCGAACUCAGUGAGAGCAACCAUUGUCAAGAACCCCUGAAGAAACUCGAUCAUCUUUCUUCCCAAAAGCUGAAACCCUAAGUCAGAUAUGAGGCAGAAUAUGGAGGAUACUAAACUACAGAAACAAGCUACGGUACUAUUGUGAAGGUUUGGUAGCAUUUGGACGAGUAACAUAUUAAAGUUAUGUCUAGAAGUUGGAUUGCAAGGUCGAAGGAACCAUGUUUUAGGGCAUCCCCAUUAUAUUGGGAGGAAGUAAAAAAAUUCCUUGAUCAUGCAUUCAGUCAUGUUGAUCUAGGGGGAAUGAUCUUAUGCCCAUGUGUGAAGUGCAUAAAUCAAUUGUUAAAGACUCGCGAAGAAGUGUUUGAAGAUCUCAUAUUGAAUGGAUUUCUAAGGAGUUACACAAUUUGGAGUUUCCAUGGAGAAGCUUCAACUUCAAAUACAGCUCCGGAUGUACAUAAUGUGGUAUGUGAUGAAGGUGAUAGGUUUGAUAGCACACAGAACAUGUUAAAUGAGUUAUGGGGGAGAGAUGCACUUGAAGCAACUGAGAAUCGUGCCACAGGUGAGCCUGUAAUGGGGCAAAAUAUUGAGGCAGAGAAGUUCGAGAGAUUAAUGGAAGAUGCAAAGCAAGAAUUAUAUCCCGGAUGUAAUAAGUUUACUAAGUUGUCCUUCCUUAUUCAGCUAUAUCAUAUAAAGUGUCUCUGCAAUUUGAGUGACAAAGCCUUCUCAAUGUUGCUAGACUUAUUAAGAGAGGCACUGCCAGAGCCAAAUACAUUGCCAAAUUCCUUGUACGAAGCAAAGAAGAUUAUUAAAGAACUAGGACUCAAUUAUGUAAAGAUUGAUGCAUGCAGCAAUGACUGUAUGUUGUAUUGGAAGGAAUCAGCCACUGCCACCUCUUGCAAAAUAUGUGGCACAUCAAGGUAUGAGAAAAGAGAAAAUAAAGGCAAGAAAAUCCCUGUUAAGAUAUUGCGUCAUUUUCCUCUGAUCCCAAGGCUGCAAAGGUUAUAUAUGUCUACAAAAACAUCUUCUAGUAUGCGAUGGCAUCAUGAACAACGUGUUGAUGACCAACGGUUACGACACCCAGCUGAUUCUAAAGAAUGGAAGGACUUCGAUAUGCGGUAUCCAGAUUUUAGUAAGGAUCCUCGUAAUGUGAGGCUUGGUCUAGCAAGUGAUGGAUUCAAUCCGUUUAAGACGAUGACUUUAUCGCACAGCACGUGGCCUGUUAUGGUGGUGCCAUACAACUUACCCCCAUGGAUGUGCAUGAAGCAACCCUUCGUCAUUCUUACAUUGCUUAUACCUGGCCCAAAACAACCUGGGAACAAUAUAGAUAUAUAUUUGCAGCCUUUAAUAGAAGAAUUAAAAGAGUUGUGGCAUAAUGGUGUUGAGACAUAUGAUGUACAUAAGAAGGAGACAUUUAAGUUACAUGCAUGCUUGUUAUGGACCAUUAAUGAUUUUCCAGCAUAUGCAAACCUAUCGGGUUGGAGCACUAAAGGUGCAUUGGCUUGUCCUUGUUGCAACAAGGAUACCUCAUCUCGUUGGCUGAAAUAUGGGGGAAAACAUUGUUAUUUGGGCCAUCGUCGAUUCCUUCCCAGUGAUCACAGAUUUCGGCGUGAUAAGAGAACUUUUGAUGGCCAUGAAGAACAUAGAGGUCAGCCGGAGCCACUUUCUGGGUAUGAAGUGUUAGAACAACUUGAGGGUGUUCAAUUUCCCCCAUUUGGAAGGGAUGAUGAUGGAAAGAAAGGAAGGAAGAGGAAACGAAGUUUGAAACAGCCCGAGCUCCCACUAAACUGGAAGAAAAAGAGUAUAUUUUUUGAUUUGCCUUACUGGAAAGAUCUUAUAGUCCGUCAUAAUUUAGACGUUAUGCAUAUUGAGAAGAAUGUGUGUGACAGUAUUAUCGGCACAUUGUUGGAUCUUAAAGAUAAAACCAAAGAUACUAUGAAUGCACGCCUUGAUUUGAAAGAUAUGCAUAUACGACCAGAUUUGCAUCCACAGAUUAUUGAAGGAAAGAAUAAAGUGUUUAUUCCCUCUGCUUGCUACAGUUUGUCUACUAAGGACAAGGAUGUGUUUUGUACACUUAUAAAUAGUGUCAAGGUUCCAGACAGUUAUUCUAGUAAUAUUGCACGGUGUGUGCAAGUCAAAGAACGAAAAAUAUCAGGAAUGAAGAGCCAUGAUUGUCAUAUUCUGAUCCAACAAAUUCUACCAGUGGCCUUGCGCAAUAUUUUACCUAAGAAUGUUAGAUCAAUCUUGAUGGAAUUAUGUCAAUUUUUUAGGGAUAUAUGUGACAAAGUUGGUAAAGAGGAUGACUUCAAGAAACUUGAAGAAAGCAUUGUUGUAACACUUUGCAAUCUAGAAAGGAUAUUCCCACCUGGAUUCUUCGAUAUAAUGGUGCAUUUGAUUAUACAUUUAGCAUUCGAGGCAAGGAUGGCUGGUCCAGUCCAAUAUCGUUGGAUGUACCCCAUUGAAAGGUUCCUUAAGCAACUCAAAAACUACAUGCGCAAUCGUAGCCACCCAGAAGGUUCAAUAGCAGAAGGUUACCUUGCAGAUGAGUGCCUAAUUUUUCUAUCUAGAUACUUCGAAGGUGUAGAAACAAUAUUUAAUCGCCCGGCUAGGAAUACAGGUUCAAUAGAAGUAGAAGAUUCAGUCUCUUUAAUUCCAAGCUAUGGUAAGCCUCUAGGGAAGUGUGAGAUGAUUCGAUUAGACAUGAUGGAAAGGAUCCAAGCACAUCGAUAUAUUCUAAUGAAUUAUGACGGCAUAAAAAGAUACCGUGCACAACAUUACGAGAAAAUCAUGAGGGAUUUAGGUCGUAGAGCGGAACCACGCAAGGUUAAGGAUUCACAUGCUCGGAAGUUUCCCAAAUGGUUUAAUGAGCAUGUGUCAGCAAAGAAAAACAUGCAUGCUGGACGUAACAGUGUACCUCGUAGGGAGGAGUUGCAUACCCAACCUGUGGUUGUUGAACAACAAUCUAAUGUCCGACGGUCUAGUCCUUACCAUGUACCCCGUAGAGAGAAUUUGCAGAGUCGGCCUGUGGCUAUUGAACAUUCACCUCAUGUCCACCUGUCUGAUCCUUAUCAUGUAUCCCAUCGAGAGGAUUUGCAAAGCCAGUCUGUGCCUGUUCCGCAACAGUCAUCUUUUUUUCGACAGUCUGAACCUAUCCUAGAUGGACCCUCUGAUCCACAGCUGAUGGAAGACAGCCAUGACUAUGAUGAUUUUAUGGAAGGAACGGAUUCAGAUUCUGCACCAAGUACGAUAAAGAGGCGAGGAUAUGCAAGGGGCCUUAAAAUUGCUCAUAUGCCGAAAGGCCAGAAAGUGAAAGUAUUGCGAAAUGAGUUCGGGAUACCAUGUGGUGAAGAGACAUCCCAGUUGAUGACCUGGAUUGGGACACUUGCACGGACUCCUGCAUUGAUUCCAUGCAACUAUGCAGAUUGGAGGAAAAUUCCAAAGGAACACAAAGAUGAAGCAUUCAAGCAAAUUAUGGAUAAAUUUGACCUCGCUGCUGGAGACAAGAAAUGGACAUUACAAAAACUGGAUGACCGAUGGAGGAAUUUUAAGUUUGACAUGAAGAAAAAUGUAUAUGAUCGGUAUACCACCCACCUAGAACGAGUACAAAAUCGUGAUAAACGUGUUCCGGUGGAUCAAUGGCUAGAUCUACUCCAUAUAUGGGAUACUGACAACUUUAAGGCCAUGUGUACCCGUAAUAAGACUAAUAGGGAAGAGCUCCGUACGAGCCACACAGCAGGGAAACAAAGCUUUGCACAAGUACGGGAAAAGAAGCGUAAGGAGCACCCAGACGGAGUGCCUCCCACUCGACUGCAGCUUUAUAAGGUGACGCAUACUAGGAAGGAUGGAUCUCCUUUAAACGACAUAGUUGAGCAGAACAUGGAAAAAAUGGAUGCAGAACUAGAAAAGAAAUCAGCAGAAGAACAGAUGGACAAUGAUGUGCAUGAGGAUAUCUUCACUAAAGUAAUGGGCCCUGAAGGUCAUGGAUGGGUGUGUUUAAUGGGAAGAGGUGUAAGCCCAAAGGAUUGGCUCCAGUCAUCACAAGACAUUGCUGAAAUUCGUCGGGAGAAUGUCGAGUUACGGAGUGAGGUGAAAUGUCUGAGAGAGCAGAACACAAAGCAUGAAGAGCUAAUAUCUACAAUGCAAUCUCAGCUCAAUAUGCUAAUGCAAAUUGUGGUAGGGAAGCAACAAGACGGUGCUCAGAACAUAGAGGCUGAAGUUGCUGUUGAAGGUUGACGCGCGCGUCUUAACUCUUGGGCCAAAUAUCUUUUUGUUUUGAAAUUUUUUGAUGAUAGAAAAGCUAAAAUUGUGUAUAUAGAUGAAUGGUUCAACUUAAGGAGAGUGCAUGUCAUGUUGGAGUUGUAUGUUGCUAUGAGUCUUCAUCUUAGAGGUGUCAAAGUUCCCUAUUGAAUAAUUUCUCUGAAAUAUUAGUUUUUGAGACGGGUUAUGUAAAUAUUAAGUCUUUGUAUGGAUUUCUUUCAUGUUAAUACUUUUGGAUGAUAUAAUUAUUAACUGUUGUUUGGUUA